AGCAAGAAAGCGCGAACGCUUUCCAUGGUAGAAAGAAGGAGAUUCUCGGCAGCGCUUGGAGGGGAGGAAAAGAGGGAGAUGUAAGGCGAUGCCAGCACGCAGCGCUUCCCGUCCUCUUCUAUCAAGAUAGAAUGCGAUGAGACGACUAAGGUGAAUCGAUUGGUAGAAGAGCGAAGGCAACGUCCAAGUGAGCGCGCACCUCGUCUCCGCCUCUCUGCCUCUCCGCCCGGCCCCACGCCCGUCCCCCCGCCCCGCUGCACGCCUGCGUCAGUCCAGAUGCAGCCCGAUUCGACCGGCCUCAAGUUGAACCGGAGACCGGGCGGGCUCGGCAUCUUGACUCUCUACCACACACUCCAUCUCACGCCACGCCGCGCCACGCCAUCUCACCCCGCACACACGCCGCACGCAAUGCUCGGACUCGACCUGCUAGGCCUUGGCCGUCUCCAACUCACAAAGCGCGAGCUCAAGAAGAUGAACGAGGAGCGUUGGGCGAAGGAAAAGGAGGAGCGCGAUGCCAAGAGGGCAGAGGAGCGCGGCGCGACGCAGAAGGUGAGGCGAGAGCGAGGAGAGGGCGAUAGACCGUUGGCUGACCUUUCGCUGCGCUCUUCCUCAGGCACCGCAGCGAGUGGACACGGAACGCACGCUGGUCAACUAGCGGGGUGUGGCUUCUACGUGCGAUUAUGGCAAUCGAAAUGAUAAUGAAACGCGGCGAGGGCCGUCGAUGCUGCGUUACCCCCCGCUCU